AUGGAUCAUGCAUACUUCUUUGGGUCAGCUGGCAAAGCAGUGGAUUAUCACACAAGAGACCAAGGUGUAAAGCCAGACUGGGAAAAAGGAAAAUCUCCACUAACCGAGGCCAGUAAGGCAAUCUGUACACUCAACUUCUACAUUAUUCCCUCCUUCACAAAGUCUUUGCCGCCACAGCAACAACAAGUAGGUUUCUCCGUGAACCAAUAUGGCGGCGGUGAAAUUUGUAGGGUGCGUUCGAAUACCGAUGCCAAGGUGCUUAACGAAAAUUUGAAGAUUGUUUUGCAGGACAUGGCCAAGAUUUUUGCAAAAGGAAAGAAAAAAGACAAAACUCACGAUAUCAAUUGUGUAGAUUAUUGUUUUGGAUUUGAAAGCAUGCAGCUUUUGGGAAUUAUUUUGUUGCUGAAUUAUGUGGGCUACGCGAGAGCCGUGUUUACAACAACACACGCCAAUAACAUCCACACAGCGGUACUAACUGGCUACAAGAAAUUAGUCCGUCCAUCUGCCACGGUCACCGUCCGAGCGGAACUGAGCGUGCUGACCAUCAACGAUGUGGACAUUCGAGCUCAGAUGAUGUCUUCGUCGGGCUGGCUAUCUUUUUAUUGGACAGACAGUCGGCUGGCCUGGACACCAAGCACCUACGGAGACAUAGAAUACAUAUAUCUAGAUUCAACCAGCAUAUGGAAGCCCGAACUCGUCAUAGAUAACACGGUGAGUGAGAUCGAAGUUUUGGGGUCCUCAGACCUGCUGUUUCGGGUGAAGUAUACCGGAGAGGUUAAAUGGGACCCACCCGGAGUGUACGAAACCCAGUGCGAAAUAGACAUCACGUGGUACCCAUUUGACAAACAGAAGUGUAGCAUCGAACUCACCAGCUGGGGCUAUAUAUCAGAUCACGUGACUCUAGAACACAAUGUGACGUACGUAAAUUUAGAGGAUUAUGAACCUAACGGCGAAUGGAAUCUGCUGAAUACGGGACUCUCUACUAGUAUACUUUACGAAGAAGGAGAGACAUUCUCUCAGCUGUUGUUCUCGUUGGAGAUCCAGCGUAGAAACGGGUAUUAUAUCUUAAAUGUUAUAUUCCCGAUAUUACUGAUAGCCGUGUUGACGACGGUAACGUUCUUGUUACCAGCCGACUCGGGAGAGAAGAUUUCCUACAUCCUUACCAUCCUGCUGGCCUUGGCGGUUCUCCUUACUAUUAUAGCCGACGCCAUGCCGACGACGUCACUCAAUACCUCUGUCUUGGGUGUGUACUUAUCAGUAACCCUUGGAUACGCUAUGAUCGCCAUCGUGAUCACAGUCCUCACACUACGUCUACAGGUAAAGCCAGAAGGCACCAAGGUACCAAGGUGGCUAGAGAAGGUCUGUAAAGGAUGCCUAGUUAAAAUCAUUUGUUACAAAAAGGACGAUGUUGUAGAGCUACAGACUGGAGAAAAUCGAGAAAACGAAGAAGCUAAAAAGGAAACAAAUAUAAAAAAGAUCAUGAAAGAAAAACUGAAAAGAAAGACGACAACAUCAGCUUGGACACCCGACGAGGACACAGCGAAGGAGACUGACGAGGAAAACUCAGUCGAAUGUGAUGACUUUCCGUACAACAAUAAGGAUGUGGCAGAAAUCAUUGAUCGUUUUUUCUUUUAUUUGUACGCCGUGUUGAACGUAUUAACGACAGCUGUGUUUAUAAUCGUCCUGGGAGUCGGCUCUGCAAAGGCCGCCUAG